UGAUCUGUGAUAGUUUGUGUGAUGGCAAUAGAAUUCCAAUAGAAAGUAAUGUCAAAAAAAUUAAACUGUUUUAUUGCGUAUUAACAAAAUUACGAAAUGUUCUGUUUAUCGAGAGGUUUAUUUCCCAUAUUCCUUAAAAAAUCUAUAAAAAAAAUACCGCCUAAAGAUUAUAACAGUCAGCUAACGCUAGAAUGCGGAAAAUACUUCUCAAACAAAGUUGAUGAAAAAUUUGCAUUAAAGCAUGAAGAUUUUGGUCGACCACUUUAUUUUGAUGCUCAAGCCACAACUCCUGUGGAUCCAAGGGUACUUGAUGCUAUGCUGCCUUAUCUUGUGAGCUAUCAUGGUAACCCCCAUUCACGAACACAUGCAUAUGGUUGGGAAAGUGAAAGUGCUGUUGAAAAAGCUAGAGAACAAGUCGCUCAACUAAUAGGAGCCGAUCCAAAAGAGAUUAUAUUCACAUCAGGAGCAACUGAAUCUAAUAACAUAUCUGUCAAAGGUGUUGCUCGUUUUUAUGCACCAAGGAAGAAGCAUAUUGUAACCACACAAAUUGAACAUAAAUGUGUUCUGGAUUCAUGCCGUGCCUUAGAAGGAGAAGGCUUUAAAGUUACCUACUUACCUGUGGAACAGAAUGGUAUUAUCAAAUUAAAGGAAUUAGAAAAUGCACUUACUCCAGAGACAAGUUUGGUAUCAAUUAUGACUGUCAACAAUGAAAUAGGUGUGAAACAACCCAUUGCAGACAUUGGAGCAAUAUGUAAAAGUAAAAAAGUAUUUUUUCACACUGACGCUGCUCAAGCAUUGGGGAAAAUUCCUAUAGAUGUCAACAAAAUGAACAUAGAUUUGAUGUCAAUUUCUGGUCACAAAAUUUACGGUCCUAAGGGCGUUGGAGCUUUAUAUAUUAGACGUAGGCCUAGAGUUAGGGUUGAACCUAUCCAAAGUGGUGGUGGACAGGAAAGGGGAAUGAGAAGUGGUACAGUACCAACCCCACUUGCUGUUGGAUUAGGAGCAGCUUGUGAGUUAGCCAGUCGUGAAAUGGCCUAUGAUCAUGCUUGGAUGCAGAAAUUGUCUCAAAGAUUUUUGAAUAAAAUAAAUUCAAAACUAACACAUGUUAUAAGAAAUGGAGAUCCCAAGGAAUCUUAUCCAGGCUGUGUAAAUUUAUCAUUUGCAUUUGUAGAAGGUGAAUCACUAUUAAUGGCUCUAAAAGAUGUAGCUUUGUCAAGUGGCUCAGCAUGUACGUCAGCAUCACUUGAACCAUCAUAUGUGUUAAGAGCCAUUGGCACUGAUGAAGACUUGGCACAUAGUUCAAUCAGAUUUGGGCUGGGAAGAUUUACAACCAUUGAAGAAGUUGAUUACACAGCUGAAAAGACAAUCAGGCAUGUUGAACGACUUAGAGAAAUGAGCCCAUUGUGGGAAAUGGUACAAGAAGGUGUCGAUAUUAAAACAAUUCAAUGGUCACAGCAUUAAUAUUCAAUCAUAGAAAUAGACCUGAUAAAGAUCUGGCAAAAUAUAAAUUAUUAUUUAGUAUUAUGAUUGUGAUGACAAUCAACAACAUAAUCAAAUUAUUUUGUAAACAAUAAAAUAACUGAGCUAUGAGAUAUAACAUAAUACAACCUAGGUAUAGUUUCUUUUAUAUUAGAAAAGUAUGAAUGGCCAUCCAUAAAUUAUCCCACACGCUAAGAGGGAGGGAGGGUAAUACAGUAACAGGAUUGUAUAGUGUGACAAAGGCUCAGGGAGAGUAGUAAAUUUCGUGACGUCAUAUUAAAAAAA